CAAAGCACUUUCCCCUCCACCUCCACUCACGUUUCCCCUCCCCACAGCUCACAAUCUUCUCUCUCUCUUUGGGAUUGUUCUUGAGAGAAGGGGAGAAGGAAUUGCAUGGGAAAUUGAUUAUUGGCUUUGAUUCUUCUUUCCCCCAACAAUAUUUCUAGUUCCUAGUCAGAUCUGGUGAAAUCAUGAAGAUGUAUACGGAAUCUGUCCAUUAUGUUAUCAAGAAACGACGGGCGUUAGGUGUUCUAGCUGUAAUGUUGGCCAUUGUCCGGUGGCGUCGUCAACGUAGACAUUACAGUCUUAGAAUGUCUCGAAGAAAGUAUGGGCCAUUGGUUGAUAGAGAUCUGGAGAGGCAAAAAAAGUUGAAUGACCUGUACAAUUCAACCGAUAAAAAUUGCAUCAGUCAACUCCGGACGACGGGGCCGCUGCGCAGUGGGUUUGAUGAUGUGAACAAACAAGUGAUGCUCUCCCAAUCUACUCUAGAUGGCUUAUCGGCUAAUGAUCGUGGAAUUCUCUCUAAACCGAUUCAGUUCUACGACAAGUUGAAGGAAUUAUUUAGUGGCUCGUCGGCAGAUGGCUCUUUUAUGCAAGACCCUUUCUCUGCAGCUGAAACUGACAAUGAUGAUAAGAUACUCCAUGCGGCCGUCAGGAAUAGCUCCAUGUUGCAGGCGAGGUUGUCCCUGAUUCCACGUAAUUCCAAGGCUGGACCAACAUUCAGUACUGAAUUGACACUCAAAAAAGAGGUGUUCCAGUGUUUCCUCAAUGUGCAGCCCACAUAGGAUGCAAUCAUAGUCAUUUCCUAUAUUGUAAUGUCUCCUCUUGAGCAUAUUUCGCGUGUUCAAUCGGUCAGAAAGGAGCAGCCAUCCAAAAACUUUAAUUUUCAUGGUGGAUUUUCCUCGUCCAAUGUUGCGGCUCUAAAGCCUAACAAGAAAAGUUUCAAAAAAAGUGCAAAGCCAAAUACUCUGCCACCACCACAAAAUGAUAAAGCUAAAAGGUCAAAGCCAAGAUCAUCUCAAGCAUCACAAGAUGACACUAAUAUGGAUGUGCUGCUCACAAGUACUUUGAUAGGCAUACGAGAAACCCUUGCAAGUCCAGUACAGACUGUAGCCCCAAAGGACCCAAAUGCUCCUUUAUGGGACAUGCUCAAGAAGAUUCCGUUGCCACCUGAUGAGAGGAUGUCGGUCGGGAUGCAUCUAUGCAAGCCAGAAUUUGCAGUCCAUCGAGGUUUUCUUGUCAACAUGGGUCAAGAAUACCUGGAGCGUUGGGUGUAUACAUACUUAUCUUAUCUGACAAUUAUCCUGCUGGCAAACGUGUCGGCGAUGAUCUUGUUGGUAACCUUGGAAACAAAGAUCCUGCUAGUAACCUUGGCGAUGAUCCUGCUGUUAACUCUAGCCCUUUCUGAGUAAGAUUGAUUGGUGGUCUACCAUAUUGUUGGAUCCUUUUGGUUGCAAAACACUAGUUUCUAAGUAGUCAAUGACUAGCUUUUGGCUAUGCACAACUGAUGUCUAAGUAAUGGCUGAUGGUGGUAUUAUUUUGCUACAGCCUUCUGCUUAGUUUCCAAGUAGUAUCAGCAUGCAUGAUAUGAUUAUUAGAUGCUAAUGUGAAAGCUGUGUUGCUUUCUGACUUGGAUAAGUUUCUAGGUAGUAUCAGGAUGAAUACAUAAUUAGACUUCUGGUUAUGUUAAUUCCACAAGGAUAAUUUGUGUAUCUCUUGCAUUCCAGAUGUGCUGGACAAUGAGUAUUAAUCAAAUGUAAUGCAUUGUGGUUAUUCAACAGCAAUGUUGCUGUGUAUCGUCAGAGUUAUAAAAUCAUUUGCCUUCAGUGUUA